UCUUUAUCAUCCGGUUCGUGCACAUCGCGUCUCGGCCGCAAGAACAAAGAACACACAAAUAGAACUUGGACUUCCAAUUACACACAGUGCUCAAGUUAAGUGCAGUGAAUAACCACAGUGAACCCUACUAGUCUUCAACUAAGCAUAAAAACAGUAAAAUGCAGCUCAUAUAGGAUAGCCAAUCCAACAGUUAAUUCCAAAAGUAGCAGUCAAGCUACAAGCCAAGUGUAAAAGCAAGAGUAGGAGAUGGCCACCAACACGGAGCUGCUGCCCUUCCAUCAUCAAACAAUCGCGGUGUUAAACAAUCUGAAUAGCCACUGUGGCGGAUCCGGGAGCAAUGGAGCGGCCACCAGUGGCGGCUCGGCGAUUGGCGGAGCAGGAGCCGGAGGAGCGCCCAGCUGGGCAAUGGACGAACUCUAUCAACAGACUGAGCUGCCCGGUCUGACGCGAACCGGAGCCACCACCACCCACCACCACCUGCUGCGCUUCACGCCCUACGCCCUGCACCACCGACCGCCGCACCACCAGCUGCAGACCUUGCCGCCGGCCCUCUACUUGCAGCAUGCCGCAGCAGCAGCGGCGGCAGCGGCAGCAGCAGCGGCCCACGCCCAGCACCAUCAUCACCAUCACCACCAUCUCCCGCACAGACCAGCAUCUCCGGAGAGCCCGCCGCCGGUGGAGGGCACCCACAUAAGCAACCUGUUUCCGGAACUCCUCGAGCAGAUAUUCGAGCACCUACCAGUGAGGGAUUUGGGUCGGGCAGCCCAGGUUUGCACUGCAUGGCGGGAUGCGGCCUAUGCCAAGAGCGUUUGGAAGGGAGUCGAGGCCAAGCUGCACCUUAAGCGCUCCAGUCCGAGCCUGUUCAACUGCCUGGUCAAGCGCGGCAUCAAGAAGGUGCAGAUCCUAUCGCUGCGCCGCUCGCUCAAGGAUUUGGUCCUUGGAGUUCCAGCUCUGACCUCUCUAAACCUGAGCGGCUGCUUCAACGUGGCGGACAUGAACCUGGGCCAUGCCUUUAGCGUGGAUCUGCCAAACCUUAAGACACUGGACCUCUCCCUUUGCAAACAGAUCACGGACACGAGUCUGGGGCGGAUCGCCCAGCAUCUGAGGAAUCUGGAGACCCUGGAACUGGGCGGAUGUUGCAACAUCACAAACACAGGACUGCUGCUCAUUGCGUGGGGCCUGAAGAAGCUGAAGCACCUCAAUCUGCGCUCCUGCUGGCACAUCAGCGACCAGGGAAUCGGACACCUGGCGGGAUUCUCGCGGGAAACGGCCGAAGGCAACCUGCAGCUGGAGUACUUGGGUCUGCAGGAUUGCCAGCGGCUAAGCGACGAGGCUUUGGGCCACAUUGCUCAGGGCCUGACCUCGCUGAAGUCGAUCAACCUGAGCUUCUGCGUCUCGGUGACGGACAGCGGACUAAAGCACCUGGCCCGGAUGCCCAAGCUCGAGCAGCUGAACCUGCGCUCCUGCGACAACAUCUCGGAUAUCGGAAUGGCCUACCUCACGGAAGGCGGCAGCGGGAUCAACUCGCUGGACGUCAGUUUCUGCGACAAGAUCAGCGACCAGGCCCUGACACACAUAGCCCAGGGACUCUACAGACUGAGAUCGCUGUCCCUUAAUCAGUGCCAGAUCACCGAUCACGGCAUGCUAAAGAUCGCCAAGGCAUUGCACGAGUUGGAAAACCUUAAUAUCGGACAGUGCAGCCGGAUAACGGACAAGGGCCUCCAAACGCUGGCGGAGGAUCUGACUAAUCUCAAGACCAUCGAUCUCUACGGCUGCACGCAACUCAGUUCCAAGGGCAUCGACAUCAUCAUGAAGCUGCCCAAGCUGCAGAAGCUCAACCUGGGCCUCUGGCUGGUCAGGUGAUGCGUCCACCACGACUGCAACGCCUGUGCGGCGAAGGAGGCCGCUCGCGGCUCUUAUAAUUCCCAACCAUAGAUUCCGGGCGGGAAAGAGAGCGCAGACAAGAUACACUGAAAACUUAUAGCUUUCGUUUGCCAUACCACACGCUGUACUAUAUUUUUUUCGUACGAAUCGAGAAACGAGCAGAGAGGCACAAAACAACGAAGCAACAACAAACAGCAAACAAUGAGGCACACACACAGCACGCACACACACUGGCAAGCAGGCAAGCAUGGCGAGCGGGCGGAGUUGGGGCAAAAGGGACAGAGACAGACGACGUCGGAUAGAGCUGCCAGCUCAGCGGGCUUAGUGAUGUUUUCGUUGUUAGAAACAUGUUUUUUCUCGAGAAUAGGUUUUGAAAUGAGAAAAUAUCCUAAACCUAUAUUCUUUUUAUAGUCGUACUUUCGUAACCUUCCGUGUAAUAGUUUUUAUUUGAGAACAUUCGGUCCUCCAAAGUUAGGUAAAGCCCCUUUUACACGACCUGAAGUUUCGUUGCAGUUUCUAUGCUUAGAAAACAUAGCUCUUGUAAAAGGGACUUUUGCAAAUGUAGACUAAUAAUACUCACACAAUAGCAUUACUUACAAACGAUUUUGACUUAACAUAACUCUUUAUAGCCAGAACUAGCUUUUUUCCCGCUAAGACCGGUCAGCUCUGCCCAUGGAGCUCGCUCUGCUGCGUUGUUGUGUAGUGUUGUGUUCCUAGGGGGCCAGAGCGAGAGGGGAGAUGCCGCUGGCGUCGGCUUACACGCACGCAGCGAUAAAAAAAACGAAACAGAGAGAAAAAAGCAAGCAACAACAACAACUGCAGCUAUGGCCGACAGCAACAAAGUGCAUGGCGAUGGAGACGCGCGAUAA